AAGGCAAGGAAGAAGGAUUGUUUGGGUGACAUGUCGAGCGUCUCACAAAAUGACGGACUCCGCACAAAUUGAGGCAAUAGAGAAGGAAUACAAGGACAUAGAGGAUUCUAGAGUUUGGAAUCAAGUGUAUCAGAGGAUACGAGAUGAAGGAACUUUUGACCUGUCAUGUACUGAGGCAAGAAAGUCGGUCAAUAGGAACUUGAAUCGUUACCGAGAUGUUCUGCCAUAUGACAGCACCAGAAUAGUUCUCAAAGACACAAAUACUGACUAUAUAAAUGCAUCCCUUGUAAAGGCAGAAUGUGUGAAUCGGUCAUAUGUUCUGGCACAGGGGCCUUUGUCUCACACAACUCCACAUUUCUGGCUUAUGAUAUGGCAGCAGAAAAUUAAGGGUGUUAUCAUGCUCAACAAAAUAAUAGAAAAGAAUCAGAUAAAAUGUCACCAAUACUGGCCUCUUGGAGAGAGUGAGGGAGGUGAAGACUCUAUCAUUUUCUCGACUGUAGGCCUUAAGGUGGACCUCCUUAGUGUGUCACGGCAUACUCAUUAUAACUACAGUACUUUAAGGUUAACAAAAACAUCAUCAGGUGAAAAUCGCCUGAUCUUACAUUUUCACUACACAACCUGGCCAGAUUUUGGUGUUCCUCAAUCUCCUGAAGCAUUUUACAAGUUCCUAAAUGUUGUUAGAGCAAGUGGUGUGUUGGAACCUGAUGUUGGUCCAGCAGUGGUUCACUGCUCAGCAGGAAUUGGCAGAUCAGGAACUUUUUGCCUCGUGGACACCAUUCUCAUGAUGUUGAGCAAAGGCCUGUGUGGAUCUGGUCAGGGGAAGGUGGUGGAUGUAUUGAUGGACAUGAGGCGGCAACGAAUGGGCCUCAUCCAGACACAUGACCAACUGAGGUUUUCAUAUCAAGCAAUUGUUUAUGGUGCACACAAGCUUGUUGAAGUAAAUGGAAAGGAUCCUUGUGAAGAAAGCAGCAGUGAGGAGCCAUCCUUGGCAGAUGAGUCACCUCCUCAGCCUCCACCUCGCACAGACUCCCUCACCCGCUCCAUGAUAGAGAGUCAAUUAACACAAGAGCUUCAAGAUGGCACUGGUACAGACACAGCCCCAGAAGAUGAUGAAGAGGACUUUGAUGAAGAUAGCAGAGGAAGUGCUCCAGGAAGGCCAUUACCUGAACCUCCCCAGUCUGAUGGUUCUGGCCCUGAUACUUCUCUAUCUCCCUCUCCUGACCAUAAUAAUGCCAUGUGUAGUGAAGCUGAUGUCCGAAGGCGUAAACGAAUGGAGCAGAAGGUGGCAACAGCAGCCAAGGUCAAGGCGAUGCAGGAGCGGCAGAGAGCCAACGAGCUGUGGCAUGAAAAAAAGAGGGGAUGGCACUUGGAUUGUUCUCCCGCGGAGCAACUCGUGCAUUACACACAAGUCCAGCAGAAGUGGGGCAGAGGAGACUCCUGCUAAACGGGUUCGUUUGUAACACUGAAAGAUUGAUUAUUGAAUUUAGUGAUGACAUUUAUACAUGAAGAAUAUAAUGAAGUGUGUUAUUUCAUGAACUACAUCAACAACAUAUAGAAGCUAGCUAGGUCUUUCAGAUAAUGAUAGUCUGACUGAUCUUUUUUUAAAUCUGAAUCUUGAAUAUGACAUUUUGAAUCAUGACUCCUUCAUCAGAAAGCAGUUUAAAGCCUUAUGUACUGCCUUUCCUUGAAUUAUUCAGUGAACUAUAGCACAACGUUACAUAAUAAGAAGUGGAUUUAGCAUAAUAUGAAGCACAGUAAAGUCAUGGUAUAGGUAUAGUUUUAAAAAUUAUAAUGAGAUAACUGAUCUACAGUGAAAUAGUCAACAUUUGUAUCACCUUCCUCUGAAGAAAAUUAUCUUCGGAAUGUAUCUUUAUGAAUUUGUCAAAUCUCUGAUGAGUAUUAACAAUGCCCCCAUAAAAGCAAAGUCAGUUGUGUACACAUUUGAUCUGUGGUCUUAGAUUUAGUUUACUGUGUGUAAAUACUGUAUUUUCCUAGAGAGAGAGAAAAAAAAAAAAAAAAGGUGGAAGCACGGGUUUCAUUGAGGCUCAUUUUCCUCUUACUAUGGGCAUGUUAUUAUCCAUCUUGGAAAAUCAUAACCAUUCUGUUUUUUUUUUUUUUUUUUUUUUUGAAACUUUUGAAUAUAACAUUAGUAGAACUGUUUUUAAUCAUUCCUCAAUUCAGAAUUGAACAUAAGACUGACAAAGCAGCAUCCAGUCUACAAGUAAAGCUAUGAUAUUCUCAACAGAAUGUUAUUACCAUUUUUAAGGGCUUUAAUGAUUUUUCUUCCUUAGGUGUUUCAAAAAACAUCAUUAGCUUUAUCUUCUUCAUUAUAACAAGAUUCUAGCACUCCUUCCUAUUGUAACUCCACAUAUAGAAUUUUCCUUUGCCCAAAGUAAUGCUGAUAUGGAUGACCUAUAUUAUUUCCAGAAACUUAUUUAUAAUGUUGUUUCUGUCUCUUUUAAUGUGGUUAUUAUUCAUUUUGUAUGAUUUUAUAUGUUAAGGGCAAAACAAAUAUUUUAUAGCCUCUAGUAGGUAGGAAUGUCUACUUAUAAAAAGGAGGCAAGUCAGAAAAACAGAAAAAAAAAUAGGAGUCAAACCAGAGCAUUGUAGAUUUAUACAGCUUUACCCAAUGGUAUGACAGAAGAAUAAACCCUAGAAGCCCUG